GAAUGCGGUAGCGGCUCUAAAAAUGGGGGACUUUACACGCUGCAAACUCCCCCCUCGGCAGAGCGGGCAACUUCCCCGUUACAGGACUUCUCCUCUGAGGGCGUUUUCCCGCCCUGCCCGGAGAGUGAGGCUGGGGCCACAGCGGCGGCACCUUGGGCAGGACUCAGCCCUCUCCUGCAGCAGCAGCCCGGAAGAGGAAGCGCCGCGGCCGUGUGGAGCGCUCUUGGAAAGCAGAGGUGGAGCGGGCAGCCCGCUGCCGACAGCAUCCCGCGGGGCCGCCCGGGCUAGGGGGAGGCGGCGGCAGAAGUGCAGUGCCUGAGAAUAUGGCCAUGAGAACGGGGGAAAUUAGCUGCCCCAGCAAAGGCAAGUUAGAGGCUGAAGAUGGCUCCAGUCGGGUGAUCACCAUUGUCUUCCUGGCACUCCUUAUAGACCUGCUGGGAUUCACUCUUAUUUUGCCACUCCUUCCUUCAAUCCUCGAAUAUUACAGCAAGAAUGACGAUGGUUUCUAUCUUUCACUGCAACAGGGAGUGGAUUGGUUUGCCGCAGUCAUUGGGGUGCCUUUGGAGAGGAAGUACAACAUGGUCUUGUUUGGAGGUCUGAUUGGCUCCAUCUUUUCCAUCCUGCAGUUUUUUUCCUCUCCACUCACGGGUGCUGCAUCUGACUGCAUGGGGAGAAGGCCGAUCAUGUUGUUGACAGUGGUGGGCUUGAUAGCAUCAUAUGCACUAUGGGCUAUCUCCAGGAGUUUUGGUAUUUUUCUUCUCUCCAGAGUUCUAGGUGGAAUAAGCAAAGGGAAUGUCAGUCUCUCCACUGCUAUAAUUGCUGACUUGCACUCUCCAAAAGCUAGAAGUAAGGGCAUGGCCAUGAUCGGUAUUGCUUUCUCGCUGGGAUUUACUGUGGGUCCUAUGAUUGGUGCUUAUCUUGCCAUGGAAACAGUGAAAGAAGUCUUCUAUCUUCGGUCAGCUUUGGUUGCACUUGGAUUUGCUGUUGCUGAUUUAAUUUUCAUCUUCUUCCUGCUUCCGGAGACACUCCCCAAAGAAAAACGGGUAUCCUCCAUGAUGUCUGGAUUUCAGGCAGGGAUUGAUUUGCUCAGUCCGCUGGCUUUGUUUCAGUUCUCUGCAGUCACCAGAGGAAAGGACUCACCUUCGAGGGAGAAUCUUCAGAAUCUCAAAGUCCUGGGCCUAGUUUAUUUCCUUUAUCUCUUCCUGUUUUCUGGUCUUGAAUACACAUUGAGUUUUCUCACCCAUCAGCGGUACUCCUUUUCGUUUAUGCAGCAGGGCAAGAUGUUUUUCUUUAUUGGGAUGACAAUGGCUGUGAUCCAGGGAGGCUACUCUCGCCGAAUCCAACCAGGAUGUGAAAUCAAAGCUGUAAAAAGGGCUAUCAUGAUGCUGAUUCCAGCUUUCUUGUUAAUCGGAUGGGCUGCUAAUGUGACUGUGCUGAGCACUGGACUGUUGCUCUAUUCUUUCGCUGCUGCCAUUGUUAUUCCUUGCUUGUCAGCAGUAGUGUCAGGCUAUGGCUCAGCCAGCCAGAAGGGAACAGUAAUGGGAAUUCUGAGGAGCCUGGGGGCCCUAGCAAGAGCCCUGGGACCAAUCUUGUCAGCAGCAGUUUACUGGCUGGCAGGAGCUGAGAUUUGCUUCACUGUUUGUGCAGUUCUCUUCCUGCUUCCCCUCAUUCUUCUUGGUUACAUAAAGCAGCAUACAAAGGAGGAAUAACCAAAGAAAGGCGCAACAUCAUGGCUUACAUUCUCUAAGGGGACGUCAAAAGAAGUGGAGAGUCAGUUGGCAAGAAGUGAUUUAAAAUGGAACAACAUUCUGUUUUGAUUUGCUGGAAGGCCAAAUUGAAUUCCAUUCUGCAAUACCCACCAUGAUCACAAAAUUAUUUCUUAUUCACACGUUGUAAUCCUCAAGGAGAUGGAAACUCAGCUAACAUUAAUUCUCUCAUGCCAGUUUGUCUCUUUCAGCAUGUUGUAUCUCUGCUACAUAAAAUGGUGAGAUCAUGCCAGCUGCACAGGCAGAGAAAGGUUGAAUUCAGCAAGAUAAGAAUCACUCCAUAGCAGAAGUUUGUGCUUAAAUUACAGUUCCCAACCAGAUGUGGCAUGUAAAAUGCCAUGAUUUCUCACAAUAUCAUGUGCACAUUAUUAUUACUUUUACAGAUCCUGCCUUUGCCCAUUUCAUUUUAAGCACUGGCUGCUCAUUCUGCUGCUCUGAGCAAAUAUGGAUUAGCGUUUUCAGGCAGCCAGCCUAAGACCCUGCAAUUGGUUCAUGAGAAGAAAAUGCAACACCUGCCCCAUUUUGUGAGGGUCAUAUUGAAAUUAUUUUGCCAGUUUCCUUGCAUAAGACCUCCUUCCGCUGGUAAAAUCUGUACCUCGUGCCUUAAACUGGGUGGGUUUUGGGUUUUUUUGGUUGGUAGCCAGAGUUUUUAUGAUUUGUGAGAGCUUUAUAGCAAUCUUGAAACUAUUCCCACAGUACUGCCAAGUGGUUAUAAAUGAAUAGGUGGUACAACUUACACACAAUAUCAUUGGAAAAAUGUUUUAGCUACAUUUUAUAUGCCUAAUAUAUCAGGUUUUUCCAAUACUGAGCAUUUUCCAAUAUUUGUAUUUUGCACUACAAACAGUUCAUUGCAAACUCAUCUACUGCAGUUACAGUGUGGGUAGGAAGAUGCACAGUAAUAACAUGCAUCUUUUUAGAGUGUCCUUUUGUUCAUCAGUCAUUAGGCUAUAUAAAGCUCUGUCCAACAGCACUUCUGCUUAGGGCUGCAUGGGAUGGGGAGGAUGUCUUCUUGUGUUCAGCUUCAUGUUAAUAAAAGAAGAUAGCCCUAGUCCAUGGGUGGUCAACCCAUUCUAGGCAAAGAGCCAAGAUAACAGUGGAGCCAGCACAAAGAGCUGGGAAAACAUUGUCAAGCAAAAAACCAAAAACCAAACAGCUCUAAAAAAUGCUCUGCCCCUUUAAGAACUGCAUUUAAACACAUUUUGAAGCUUUUUGGCCACAGCUGGCUCCCAUCUUUAUUUCUGCAGCUUUCAUGGCUGCACUGUACAGCUCCCCUGCCCAAGUCAGCACAGGGAGCUGGGACAAGA